AUGGAUAUGGACUACGUAAAGCAAAUGUGUUGUAAUUUACAACAACAACAGAAAAAAAUAAAUGAAACAUAUGAAGAAUUAAUGAACACAUUAAAUUUAAAAGAAAAAAUAGAAGAAUUAGAAGAAAAAAUAGAAAUUAAAGAAAAAGAAAUAAAAAAAAUAGAAAAAGAAAAAAAAGAAAAGGAGAUAAAUAUAGAAAUAAAAGAAAUAGAAAUAGAAAAUUAUAAAAAUAUAUUAAUGGAAAAAGAAAUUGAAAUAAAAAAAAUAAAAUAUGAAAUAGAAAAAGUAAAAAGUGAAAAAGAAAGAAUGAAAAAAGUAGGAAACAUAAUAAUAGGAACACACAAUCAGCAAUUUAUAAAAUUAUUAACAAAUAUGAAUAAAUUAUUGGAAUUUAUAGAGUAUUAUACAAUAAAAGAAGAAGAAGAGGAAGAAAAUAGUAUUGAAAGCAAAGUAUAUGAAAUGAAAGACAAUUGUAAUAAGGGCUAUGACACAAUGUGGAAAGAUGUAAGAGGUACAAAUGGUGAUAAUGGAAUAAAUUGGUUAAAUAGUAAGGGGAGUAGUGAAGGAAACACGACCACAAGUAUGGCAUCGAAGGGAGAAGGCACUAUGACAACGAGUGAUAGUAACAUGGCGAGUAAAAGCAGUUUAGAGUUGCUAGUGGACAUAAACAGUAAGUUCGUAAAGGUGUCAGUGAGCGUAAUGAAGCUGCUGUCACAACUGGACCACGAAAUACUAAACAAUUACAUAAACAACGAGGACGAUGCGGAAGACAUAGAGACUUACUACCAGAUAAUGAAUGUGGACAGUGGCCUGAGAGAAAGUGAUAUAAAGACAUCAGAAGACAGCAACAAUGAGGUGAACGGUUGUAUCAAAAAUAACGAAUAUAGUAACAACAGUAAUGGCAAUAAUGAAAUGAACAACAGUUACUACUGCUACAGUAAAGGCAACGGUGGCUAUAACACUAACAACGACAAUUACAACAAUAUAACCACCGAUAACAACCAUGGUUAUGGCAACUACGAUACUAAUUAUGGUAGCUACAAAAGUAACAAUAUUUACUAUUAUCAGUUAUCAAAUAUUAGGAAUUAUCAACCAGUUUAUAGCACGCAACUAGCCGGCUGCAAAUUAACCAAUAAGAACAGUAGAAGAGGUAAUAGCAGUACGCAUAGAGCAAAUAGUAAUAAAUUAAAUAAAGAAGAUGGCAAGUUGCCAGCAGCCACAAUAUACGAAGCAAAUAAGGGGAAUGUAAAGAGGAUUGUAACAACGUUCAGGCCUCAGUUCAACAGUCUGUUUCAACCAAUACCACUACACAAUAGCGGAAGCAGUAGUAUGAGUUGGAACAGAGACAAUGUUAAAUGCAAUAGAACUAUAUUUCAACCAAUAAAUAGCUCCAAUAACAGAAGUAACACAAGUUACAGCGAAGGCAGCUAUAGUAGCAGUUCAAGUACAUACAGGGAGAGAAAGGAAGAAAUAAAUAAAAAAGUAAACAGAGAUGGACAGUUAGAUAUGUAUAACAGGGGAAAUAAGGAGUUAAACAUGGACCCGGAAGGAACAAAUAUGAAAGUGAGUCGAGGGGAUGAUGUGUGUAACAAAGAGAGGAAGGGAGACACACACGAAGUGAAAGGAGCGGAGGUGGAGGUGGAAUACGAAAGGGAAGAAUUGAAGGGAGACGAAUGUUACUUUCAAGUGCUCGAGACUGAGUUAAAACUGGACAAAUACAGCGAAGACGACACACCAAUACUCAAGCUGAUGAAGGGUAGUACUGAUAAAACGCCGAUAAGAUUUAAAUAUAGAGUCGGGGAAGAGAGUUGGCUGAAAAUGAAAUUGGAAAAAAUAAAAGGAGACGCUGCAACAAAUAACCUGGAUAUAGUAUCAAACACGUUUCAUCUAAGCAUGGAAUACCUGGAAAAACUGGUUAAGUUUGAAAAUUUGGAAAAAAAUAAAAUAACAACAGAAGAACUGGUAAAUAAUCUGCUAUUCAAGUGGAUUCCAUCGCAAAUAUUCCAAGAUUAUUAG